CUGGAAGCUCACGGUUAACAGGCGCUUGGACCCCGGAGGAGUUGCUUGAGAGCGGUGAGCCGGCGACAAUGGGAGUUCAGACCGACAAUGGCAAGGCUCCGAGAAUCGCCGGCAGCCGACAAGGUUUCAGCACCUGCUUCGGGAACGCCGACUGCAAAAUAAAGGUAUUUGUGUUCUGCCAUGGCCUGCUACAGCUGUCUCAACUCCUCUACAGUGCAUACUUCAAGAGCAUCCUGACAACCAUUGAGAGACGCUAUGGCCUUUCCAGUUUCUCCUCUGGCUUCCUCUCCAGUUUGCAUGAGAUUGGCAAUGUCAUCCUCAUCAUCUUUGUCAGCUACGUUGGGAAUCGAGUUCACCGGCCUAGGAUAAUAGGUCUUGGAGGCUUGCUGAUGGCAGUUGGAGCCUUCCUUCUGACCCUUCCACAUUUCAUCUCGCCCCACUACAAAUACUCUGCAGCUUUCCUUGAUAAGAACAGCAGCAUCACAGCUGAUAUCUGCCUUAGAAAGAAUGAACACUCAGUCACAAACUCCACUGCAGAUACCCGGUCAGAACAAAGCUCGUUGUGGGGACUAAUGGUAGUUGCCCAGCUGUUGGCAGGAAUCGGGAGUGUCCCAAUUCAGCCUUUUGGGAUCUCCUAUGUGGAUGAUUUUGCAGAGCCAAAUAACUCUGCUUUAUAUAUAGCAAUCUUAUUUGCCAUAUCAGUGUUUGGCCCAGCAUUUGGAUAUCUCCUUGGCUCAGCAGCACUGCAGAUCUACGUGGACACUGGGAGAGUUGACCUGAAGACUAUAGACUUGCAUCCUGGAGACCAGCGUUGGAUUGGUGCAUGGUGGUUGGGACUCCUCAUUGCCUCAGGUUGCUUGGUGCUCGCAUCCAUUCCCUAUUUCUUCUUUCCUCGAUAUAUGAUCAAAGGGAAGAUAGAAUCUGAAGUGGACACCUUGAAGAAGAUUGAGAAAGCAAAAGCUGAAGAAGUAUCCCUGUGGGAAUUUAUUAAAAAGUUCCCUCAAGGCUUCCUCAGGCUGAUUCUCAAUCCACUCUUCAUAUUGCUGGUUCUAGCUCAGUGCUGCUUCUCCUCAGUCAUCUCUGGCCUCGCUACCUUCCUCAACAAAUACCUGGAGAAACAGUUUGGGGCCAGUUCUUCCUAUGCAAACUUCCUCAUAGGAAUCAUCAACCUGCCUGCUGCUGCUCUGGGAAUGCUGUCUGGAGGCAUCCUCAUGAAGCAUUUUGGCUUCUCCCUGAAAACCAUCCCACGGUUCUCCAUCUUUGUGCUGCUCUGCUCCGUGCUUUCCUGCCUUCCUCUCUUCUUUAUGGGCUGCUCCACAAAGACAGUGGCUGGAAUUUAUCCCCACAGAACAUCAAGUUCCUCAAUGCAGAAUGAAUGCAACAAACAUUGCUUCUGCUCUGAUUCUAUCUUCCACCCCAUCUGUGGAGAUGAUGGUGUGGAAUACACCUCUCCCUGCCACGCAGGUUGUACUGGCUUCAUCACAAGUUCUUCUCAAGAUGUGGUUAUGAUGUACACAAACUGCUCCUGUAUCCGUGUGGCAGCUGGACAAUCCUCAGCGAAGGCAGACUCCUGCCCGAUUAGCUGUGCCCAUUUGCUGCUUCCUGUUGUACUCCUAAUCUCAUUUGCUUCACUGGUAGCUUGCCUGACUCAAAACCCUGUCUACAUGAUGGUGUUACGAGUGGUGAGCUAUGAUGAAAAGUCCUUUGCCAUUGGAGUCCAGUUCUUAUUGAUGAGAUUGCUAGCUUGGUUGCCGUCUCCUGCCCUCUUCGGCUUACUCAUUGACUCUGCGUGCAUCUGGUGGAGGACAGGAUCCUGCACUUACUAUAAUAAUGACUUCCUGCGCAACAGGUACUUUGGUCUCCAGGUGGGUUACAAACUUCUUGGUAUUCUGAUGUUAAUCUUAAUCAUGUGGAAGAUGACCAAGAACAAAGAAUACAACGUGCAAGAGAAAGCCUCUGGCCUAGUAUAGUUCUGAACUACAAGGACACCUUCUGAGCAUCAUUUUAUGCCUUGAGCAAUGUUUUGUACCUUGCCUGUAUUUACUUAACAGCCUUUGUGGCCUUUUUACAUUAAGGGAACAACUUCAUAUUCACAGAUGAACUUUAAAUCCUUGCAUAUAGGCUCCUGCUAUGUGCAGCCCAGUGAAACGGACACCCCAAUACCAGUAAAUGGAGCUAUAAGCUAGACUCCUAGUGGCCAAGACCUGUCCAAAAGGAUAGUAAGCGUUAAAGAGCCAAUGCAGCCUGCUAUUCUUUCUGGGAGGUCUCAAUGGAAAAUAUCCAUGGGCCAAGGACAGGGACACCCAGCCAGGGCCGUUGUGUAGCUGUGCUUAUAUUCUACAGUCAACCUGACAUGCCCAAGAGUGGAUGUUUGUUUUGUUCUCCUAAGCAGGUGGGUCAGACACAGUUGGAAGAAAGCCAACCUGGACUCUUGGAAACCAUUAGAAGGAUAGGAAUGGCAAAUGAAAGCUGUUACAGUUAAGAGAGCAUAGCUUCUUAAAAGCCCUUUUGUGAGAAGGAUGCAGUACUGCACUGACUGUGUUAUGUUGUGCCAAGAUUUGCAUGGCAGGGGGACGGUAUUGCUUGUUGGAGCAGCACCAGUUCUUGCAUCCAUCUCCAUUUUCAUACCCCCUUCCUUUCUUUUCUCCUCCUCUUCCCCCCCACACCCCCAUUACACAGU